AUGGUGGCGCUCGGCGUGCUCUCUCGCCUUGCGCUGCACGUACGCCACGGCAGUGGGCUCCGCCGCGUGACGUUCCACGUGCUCUUGCUGCACGUGAUCGUCGGCAACAUUCCGUUCAGCGUCCAAGCUGUGUUUUACCCGCGUAGCCAGCGCUGGAUCGGCGCCUUCGUGGCCUCGCUGUUGGCCGACACGCUUCUCUGCUGCUCGCUCGCGAUGCUCUCGAUUGCCUGGGCCCGCGUCGCCAUGGUCGGGCAGUACGCGCACGGCCCCGUGCGCUUCAAACGCUUCAUCAUUG